CUCUGUUUAUAUAUAUAUAUAUAUAUAUGUAACUUAGAAGGUGUUCUGUAGUGUAGUCCAUCUACUUCUCAAAAUAUUUUGCAAAAGAUGUUGGAAGGAAAAGCUGUAGUUCGCGAAACUGACAUGUCAGAAGCUAUGCAGAACCAUGUCAUGGAGUUGGCUUACAAGGCUCUUGAUUUGCAUGAAGUAUCCGACUGCCAAUCCAUUGCUCAUUUUAUCAAACAGAAACUUGAUGAAGCUUAUGGAUCAGCAUGGCACUGCGUGGUGGGUAAAGACUUUGGAUCCUGCAUUACACAUUUAUGUGGAAGUUUCAUUUUCUUUCGCGUGGAGAUGAUGGAGUUUCUCAUCUUCAAGGACGGAAAGGACUUCACAGAAAGCAGGGAAGAGGCCGUUGGAGUUUUGCAGAAAUCUAAUAAAAACGAUUCAUGAAAAUCCUAUCUUUUCAUGUACUACUGUAAUAACAUCAAAAGCAAGAAUCUCAAUCUCUCACCAAGAAAAUUUGUUAGAAUCUGAAGGAAAUAAAAAUUGUUUAGAAUUAUGGAUUAAAGGAACGUUGCACAAGUUGAAAAGUUAUUAGUGACAUUUUGAUUUGGUUCAGCA